UCUCUGAGUAUACUGCUGACCACGUGGCGUACUUAUAGAAAAAAAAUAAUUUUCACCUUUAAUGUUUUUAAUUGAUUUCGUUGAAAUGUAAUAUAUCGAUUAUCGAAGUAAAGUAGUCACUAUCGUUAAGAUGCAAAAUACGCACGAUAAUGAUGAGACUAAUUUAUAUAUGAAUCGUGCAUUCGAAUUAGCAAAAGUUGCUCUUGACGUAGGAGAAGUACCAGUAGGCUGUGUUUUUGUGAUAAAUGGAAAAAUUAUAGCUUCGGGAAAAAAUUCGGUCAAUGAAACUAAAUCUGCGGUUAGACAUGCUGAAUUUAAUUGUAUAGACCAAGUAUUGGAAUAUUGUCGAACUACAAAAGAAGAACGAUAUGAAAUUUUUAGAGAAUGUUCAGUAUAUGUUACUGUUGAACCUUGCAUUAUGUGUGCUGCAGCUUUGCAGAAUUUAGGCGUAAAAAAAAUUAUAUACGGAUGUGAUAAUCAAAGGUUCGGUGGAUGUGGAUCUGUAAUCAACGUUCAAAAUAAUCCUAAGACUGAAAUAAUUAAAGGAGUUAUGGAAGAUUACUCUAUUUCAUUAUUAAAAAUGUUUUAUCAAGGCCAGAAUCCAAAUGCUCCAUGUCCAAAGAUUAAAUGAUUAAGAUUGUUGUAAUUACAAUAAACAUAUUCUUAAAAACAUUGAUAAGUAAUAUGAUCUUGUUUAGGUGUAUUAAGUUCACGGGUUGGAUGUCACGCCAACUUAUGUCAAUCAAAACUUCUUCUUCCAAGAACGUCAGUCUAUGA